AAGACUCCAAGGCCUGAAGAGGAGAUUCAAUAGAGAUAUGUCAUUCAAGGCUCAAUACGUUGAUUUCCUUAACAACAUGUUAGAGCAAGGAUAUGCAGAAAAGGUUCCCACCAAUGAGCCCAUUCUGGAACAAGGAAAGGUAUGGUACAUUCCCCACCAUGGUGUACAUCAUCCAACCAAAGGAAAGUUGCGUGUUGUGUUUGAUUGCGGCUGUACUUACAAAGGUACAUCAUUGAACAGUCAACUCCUGCAGGGCCCAGACUUCACUAACACGCUAAUUGGUGUUCUCCUUCGGUUUAGAGAAGAGCCCAUCGCUGUUAUGGCUGAUAUCAACGCCAUGUUCCAUCAGGUCCGGGUUCCAUAUAAGCAUGUUAACUUCUUGCGCUUUUUAUGGUGGCCCAAUGGAGACGCUACAGCGGAGCCAGAGGAAUACAGGAUGUGCGUGCAUUUGUUUGGAGCUGUAUCUUCUCCAAGCUGCUCAAACUAUGCACUGAGGAGAACUGCUGAGGAUAAUGCACUGCAAUAUUCACCCGAUGUCCUUUGUACAGUCAAGACAAAUUUCUAUGUGGAUGAUUGUCUUAAGUCCACUGUGACAGAGGAAGAUGCAGUGAAGCUCAUACAUGAAUUAACAUCUCUCUGUAAAAGGGGCGGCUUCCAUCUCCAAAAGUGGGUCACAAAUAACUCAAAUGUGUUUGCACGUAUUCCUAGUAAAAUCAGAGCAGUGGGUUUGGAGAACAUGGAUUUGGACAGGGACCAACUCCCUGUGGAAAGAGCUCUGGGGAUGCAAUGGUGUGUUCAAGGCGAUACGUUCAGCUUCAGGACUGCAGUGCAGGAACGUCCACACACUAGGAGGGGCAUCCUUUCUGUGGUGAGCUCUCUUUAUGACCCGCUGGGUUUUCUGUCUCCUUUCAUAAUCCCUGCCAAGUUACUGUUACAGGAGCUGUGCAGAAUGAACUUUAAAUGGGAUGAGCCAGUUCCCCGUGAGGUUUCCGAACAUUGGUCUGAGUGGCUCUCUGAACUUCAGCAUAUGAGUGGAUUUAAAGUGGAACGGUGUAUUAAACCCAAAAACUUUGGAACACAAGUGAAAGCAGAACUUCAUCAUUUUUCAGAUGCUAGUCAAACAGGAUACGGCAUUGUUUCAUACUUGAGAUUGGAGAAUACUGACAACGUGCAUGUUUCAUUCAUCACAGGCAAGGCUCGUGUCGCUCCUCUAAAGCAACUAACCAUUCCACGCCUCGAGCUUGCUGCAGCUGUGCUUGCUGUUCGAGUGAAUACAAUGCUGUUGAAAGAGCUACAGUUGCCAUUGCGAAGGUCAUUCUUUUGGACCGAUAGCACUACCGUUCUCAAGUACAUCUUUAAUGAAACAAAGCGCUUUCACACAUAUGUUGCCAAUCGUGUCAGCACCAUAAGAGAAUCCUCAGACAAAGAUCAGUGGAGGUAUGUAAACACCAAAGACAACCCUGCAGAUGAAGCUUCUCGAGGACUGAGAGCUCAGGAGUUUGGGAAAGGAAAAUGGCUAAAAGGACCAGACUUUUUGCACUUGCCCCCCACCAGGUGGCCGAAACUCGACUUGGACUCCUCUUCCAUUCCAUCUGACGAUGCAGAGGUGAAAAGGGAACUUAAGGUGAAUGUUGUUACAAUACACAGUGACAAUCCCCUCAGUCAGCUCAUUCACUAUUUUUCAUCCUGGAGAAAGCUUAAAACAUCGGUAGCCUGGCUGUUGGAGCUGAAAGAAAGACUUUUACUUUUGAGCCGAAAGAGAAAAGAACAUGUGGUCAACCAGAAUGAGAAUGUGGAAAAGGAAAUUAAAAAAUUCAAAGCCGCACUUGGAAGAUCCAGCUUGACACCAGAGCGCUUGGAGGAAGCCGAAAAGGCAAUAAUUCAGUUUGCACAAAACCAAAGAUUCAGUACUGAAAUUUCCUCACUAAAACAUGACCCAAAGACUGUUUUCAAAGAUAGUCCUCUUUAUCGCCUUGACCCCUUCAUUGAAGAUGGCAUCCUCAGAGUUGGUGGACGUCUGUUUAAAUCUGCACUGCCGUGGGAGGUAAAGCAUCCUGUGAUCCUGUCAAAGGAUUUGCAUGUUUCUCAGCUCAUAUUGCGUCACAUCCAUUACCAACUUGGACAUGCUGGACGCAAUCACAUGCUGAACAGAUUGAGACAGAAGUAUUGGAUCAUAAAUGCCAACUCUGCAGCCAGGAAGAUUCUCUCACAAUGUACAGUGUGUAGAAGAUACAGAGGAAAACUUGGAGAACAGAAGAUGUCUGACUUACCGGAGGAACGAGUUGUGCCUGAUAACGCACCCUUUACGAAUGCGGGAGUGGACUAUUUUGGACCAUUGGAGGUGAGGAGAGGUAGAACUGUGCUGAAGCGAUAUGGAGUGAUAUUUACCUGUAUGAGUAGCCGUGCAGUACACCUUGAGGUGGCGCACUCCCUCGACACAGACUCCUGCAUCAAUGCUGUGCGAAGAUUUAUCUGCAGAAGAGGACCUGUGACAAGUAUAAGGUCAGACAAUGGCACAAAUUUCGUUGGUGCGAAGAAGGAAUUGAGGCAGGCAUUGGCCGCUUUAAAUCACUCUAAAAUUGAAAGGACCUUUGUGCAGGAAGGAAUGACGUGGAGUUUUAACACCCCAGCUGCAUCUCACCAAGGUGGCGUUUGGGAGCGUCUGAUUCGCUCUGUGCGCAGUGUACUUACCUCUGUCGUUGGACAUCAACUGCUGGACGAAGAAGGCCUGCAAACGCUGUUUUGUGAGGUGGAAGCCAUACUCAAUGACCGACCAAUAAUUAAGGCCUCAGAAGAUCCCAAUGAUUUAGAAGCACUUACCCCAAAUCACAUUCUCCUGUUAAAGGGCAAGCCCAUUCUGCCAUUAGGUCUUUUCGAGAAAUCUGAUCUGUACAUUAAGAGGAGAUGGAGGCAGGUGCAGUACAUUGCGGAGCUUUUUUGGAAAAGGUGGACAGCAGAGUAUUUGCUUGUAAUGCAAGAAAGGCAAAAAUGGACGAAGCGAAGGAGAAACUUUAAUCCAGGAGAUAUUGUCGUAAUCGCUGAUGCCACAGCUCCAAGAGGCUCAUGGAUGAUGGGCAGAGUUCUAAGCACUACAGCUGACUCCAGAGGACUGGUUCGUUCUGUGAAGGUCCAAACGAAGACCAGCAUCCUGGACAGACCAAUAACCAAGCUCUGUCUUCUCUUGGAGGCUAAUAAUUGACUAUACAACUCAUUCUUUCUUCUAUUUCUAUCUUCAAUCUGUUUGUUUCUUUCAGAUAUGGAGAAUCCGGAGGUGUGAAGAUUCCAGUUUAAUGUUUAAGCUACAAUUAGAAUAUAGCUCAUUUGCGUUAAAGCUAAAGUUAAUUGUGGGUAAAGUACCGUCACAAUUAGGGGCUGGGUUGUUGGAGCUAUAUUUUUAUUUUUUGUUUAUUUUGGGUUUAAGUUACUUUAUAGUCUAAUUUAUUUCUUUUCUUUUCUUGUUAAAGUUAAUUUGGUUUAUUUUGCAUUUAUGCUUUACGUGUAUUUUCGUUUAUUGGUCACGUGGUGUUGCGUUCAUUUGCAUAAGUAGGUCAAGGUGGGAAGUACGUUAGGCACGAGGGCAUAUGGUUUUUUACCAGCGUGAGAGAGGCAGCAGAAAUGUCUGUGAGCUUGCUUGGACUGUGUGAAUAAACCUCCUCAAACUCAAUCCUGGUAUGGACAUUUUGCUUUGGUACCUCUGAACCUGCGUAAAGCCAAACUAUGACGUAGCCUCAAGUGGCCAUUUGAGAAGUUUAUUGUUUUUCUUUUGUUUUGUUUAAGUUUAUGGACA